CUCGAUUCUCGUGACGGCCUGUCGAUUCGAGUGUGCGUGCCCCGAUAUCUCGAUUUAUCGUAACCGGCUAUCGUGACGGAGUGUAAAAGCAGCAGGUGCGCGCGCGCGCGCAGAUCCCGAGACACGGUAUAAUAACGUUACGAAAAAGAGAGAAAGAAAAAGUGAGAGAAAGUCGCUUGCUUCUUUUCGGUUACGUGUCUCCCUCUCUCCGCACGGCGAGACGCGACGGUUACACUGUCACAGUUUCACAAAAGCACCGAAAGAUCGCGCGUGUCACGUGGCCUCUCUCGCUGUAUACAAUCGCGCGCUGGUUUUCGGCUCGUGUGUGCGCACGUCGGCGUCGCGUCAACGUCACGUCGGUAUCGCGACGGGAAAAAGGACGAGUGCACGACAUCGCCGGCCUCACCGGGCCAGCCUCGAUUCUCCGUGAUCAUUUGCACGGUAUCGGACGAAGAAAAGGAAUUCUGCGUGGCUGAACGCCGCUAUCGGAAAGUCGAGUCGUUAACCUGAAAGCGUUCCCCUCCAGAGAGAAGACGGAAGCGACGCUCGGUUAGAGUUUCGUGGUGGAAAAGUCAGCGAAAGAAGAAAACUCGCGAGGUAGUGUUACGAUCGUGGAAAGAAAGAAGUUCGUCUCUGUCGGUUCGUUGGUGAAACGAUCGUGCCCCGUUCGAGGAACCGUUAUCGAAUUCGUUCCGUGUAGUUCCGAAUACGACUGUCGGUUUCGCGUAGUGCGUGCGAGCAGGACCUCUGACGGCUCGAGGACGAAUCAAAGGUCGAAUCAGUUGACGUCUGCGACGUAGAAAGACGGGAACGAGUUUCCAACAAGGGGUCUCGACUUACCAGAAAAUAGAGAAACAAACGGCGAGCAAAAGGCGCGCGAGGUGGAAGGUAGUAGUUGGUCGACCACCGUUGGCUGGUUCCGUGCACGAUUCUCCUGGGUCAACGAUCCGUUGGUGGAUCUCGCGCUCGAGCUGAUCCCGGUGUACACAUACCCGUGGACAGGGUCCGGUCGAUACGAUACAGACUCGUGUUCGGUGGCGUCCGUUGGAUACGCGCGUAUUCGUGCCGAUAGCACGUUUCACGAGGAGUGAAAAGGCGGUCACUCGGUACGCCGCCGUGGCUGCUUUCACCGUGGCGAUGGAAUAAUGCCGAUCGCGCCUUAACGGUACGCGACUCAUGCCUUCCGUAUUUCCCUUGCGAACCACCGGGAAAAUGAUCGCGGAUCUCGGGUGAUUGUGCAGUGUGUCGCGAGAGUUCCGAGGUGGUUUUCUUCGUCGACGGCAGUGUUUUGGCGAACGUAUCGGUGUGUUGAUUGCUCGGUAAUACAGUGAAACGUGGAUACGCUACGGUUAGCCGAGCCCGGUGCCCGCUUCGUUCCGAAGAUUUCGAUCGAUUCGGCCGCGUAGCAUGGAAACCAAGAUGUACAUCAGCAGCGAGCCACAGAACGGUCACUCGACCGCGAAAUUCGCGUCCACAAACUCGAUACCUUCUAUGAUGGAAAAAGAGUCGUCGUUCGCGAAGCUGAUUGGUGCUGUCGGUAGGAGGGACUCGAGCGCUAUCUUGCGUGACAAUAAGGGAAGACGGCACAGCGUAUUGGAAGAUUUGAAGGCGCGUAGAGAUAGUUUAUUCCAAAGGGCGAGACGCGGUAGUGUCGUGGAGGAGAAAGAGAACGCGAAGCAAGUGCAGAAAGAAAAGAGACGAGCGAGCGAAGGUGGCCGACGAUGCUCGGUUUUCUACGUGUCACAGGAUCUGCUUGAGGAGAAUCAAGAGUUGCUCGAAAACGAGAGAAUACAGGCGGAUCUCGAGGGGAAGAAGGGACGCAGAAAGUCAUGGCAUAUCCUCGCGAAGCCGCCGAAACUCGAUCGCAAGAGAAGGAAAGGAAUCGCUGGCGUUCCUACACAGGUUGGAAGCACGGACGGGCUUUACACGCAGGCCAGACAGAAGAGGCCUUCGUGGUGGAAUAUAUUCGUACCUGACUCCGUUGCCAGGUCCAGACGAAUGUCCCAGGAUAUCACGCAUUCGAGGUCCACUGAAAAUCUCACAGUACCCUAUUUCAGGAGCAAGAGUCGCAGCGUCGAUCAUGGAUUCGCGACGCCUUUCGACUGGGACUCGUCCAAGAACAAGGUCGAGGGACGCUUCGAGUCGGUGGACGAAUUCACCAAGGACUCGGACAGCGAGAGCGAGGAUGGCUCGUCCACGAGGUUAAACUUCAACGUCAUCCCCUAUACGGUGGGCGACAGGGACACGCUGACGUCGGUGGCCGCGAGAUUCGAUACAACACCAUCCGAGCUGAGCAAAUUUAACAAGCUCGGAAGUACUUUCAUUUACCCUGGCCAACAGCUGUGGAUACCUGUGGAAGGAGAAACAAAAGGCGGAACAGACGCACCUAGUCCAGAUCCUUGUCAUGAUCACGAGUCUCAGGAUGACUUACCUCCCGAGGAAAAAGAACUUUUGGAUAACUUGAGGCCAGUGUCACCAAAACCAAGCCAUAUGGAAAGAGUAAAAACACCUCUUGGUGUUACAAAUGCAGUUAUAGAAGAAGAGGAACAGCCAUUUAAAGAAAGAUUUCUGAAAAUUAAUGUUCGUCAUAUCACAGAUGGUCAGGGUGUUGUCAGUGGAGUGCUACUAGUUACACCAAAUGCAGUCAUGUUUGAUCCUAAUGUAUCCGAUUCUCUUGUCAUUGAACAUGGAGCUGAGUCUUAUGGUGUAAUUGCACCAAUGGAAUUUGUAGUGAAUGCAGCAAUUUACUAUGAUAUUGCGCAUAUGCGUGUAGGACAUACGGAAUCUGGAAAUUUAGAUAAGAAACCAGAAAUUUAUUAUAUGAAAAAACCUAUACAAAAUGAAAGUGUUAAAUGUCAGUCACCAGAAAAGGAAGAAAACUUCCCUGAAUUAACAGCAGAUGAUAGUGAGAAUGUAUGCAGUUGUACUGAAAGAGAUGGAGAUGCUUUUCCAAAGGCCUUUGAUCGAGAUUUCGUUACUCCUACCAAUCUCCAAAACGAGGAAGAUACAACGACAACCAAAGAGAAAGAAAAAGAAAAAGAAAAAGAUAAGGAGAAAGAAAAAGAGAAGGAAAAAGAAAACGAGAAGGAGAAAGAGAAGGAGAAGGAAGUGAAAGAUGUGAGCAGUGGUGGUCAAGCUAGUAGAACGUUAGAGGAACGUAGACGUUCUAUGCUUGAUCAUCACUGGCCAGUUCCUAGCAAAGAUCAAUAUCCAUGGCCAGUCGAAGAUGAUCAACAAGAUUCAUUAAAUUCUGACAAAGUGGACUCUGCGAAAUCGAAGGCGAUUCCCGGAGGUGAAGAAGGAUCUCUAGUCAAACUGUCAUGCCACGACUCUGGUAUUGACAUACGUGACCCUAAUCCCCUUUUCCCAGUAGUUCAGCCUAACCCCACAAAGAAAGUAUAUUCAGACGCAGAUAUUGUCUUAUCUUCAGAUUGGGUCCCUCCUAUUACUAUUGCUCCGAUGAACAUUACAACUGAUUCGCUAGAUAGCGGUCCUGCCGUUAACGGUAGAAAGAAGGCGAGUUCGGUAUCUUUUAGCUUAGAAAGUAAUAAUGCAGAGGAACCUGAGAAAGAUGAGGAACAUAAAGAUGACGAUAAACAAGAGACUCGUAGGAAUAAGAUGUUAAAACGAUUAUCGUAUCCUUUGUCAUGGAUGGAAGGAUUAACUGGUGAAAAGGAAGAUGAAAAUAAAUCUGGAUCUGAUAAAAUUUCGAGCCUUCCUAAUAGCGCAGAUUCCCAUCAUUCAUCAGUUUUCAGCAAAGUUUUCUCAAGCUCGCCGAUCAACCUGGUGAGUGACUUUAGCUCGGGCCUGUUUGCUAAAACUCCCAGCGAAGAGAGCGGUGGGGGCGGUAGAGCUGGAGGAACACCUCCACUUACCGCCUCCUCUCUCUCCCAGGACACCAGCAAUCCUCAGAUUUCACCUGGUCCAGGAGGGCUUAUGGGGCGGUCCUCCGUGGGUACGUUUAUCAGACAACAGCCACUGACAUCGUCAGGUAGCAGCAGCGUGGACAGUAGUCGAGGUAGCAAAACUUCGACCACGGCGCCUAGAUUGGAUUAUCGUAGCAUGGUCUCUGUGGAAGAUAUGCCGGAACUGUUCGUCAGUUUCGACAUCCAAGCACCUAAUUUUCCCGAACUCGAAGGCCUCGAGCUAAUACCAAGACCAGCCCAUUCUUGCGAGGAUCCUCCACUGUACCUGAGACUGCGAACCGGAAGACCCAAAGAUAAGAAGAUGCCGCGCUCCACGCCUAUUAUGAGCUACGGGAAGAAGAAACUACGGCCUGAAUACUGGUUCAGCAUACCGCGUAACAGGGUGGACGACCUCUACAGGUUCAUCCACGCGUGGGUGCCAUCCCUUUAUGGAGAGCUCGACGAGAAUUAUUGGCGGGAACGUGGCUACAUCCUGUUGGACACCGACACCGACCUGUCACCCGAAUUAUCACCUCACGAGCCUGGAAAACCCGGAGAAGCCACUGAGGAGGGGAAGCCCCGUAGUCAGGACAGCGACGAGAUCUCCGACCUGACGAGAGAAUCAUGGGAGCUGAUCAAGGCCCCCUACGUAAAGCUGUACAGCAUCCUGAAGACGUCGAGCACAUCGGCGGAUUCCGAGCAGAUCCAGGACCCGGAGGUACUGUCUAUGAGCGAGGAGCUCAGGCGAGCUCUGUACACGAACAGCGCCGUCUCCAUAGAUAACGAUGUCAUCGUUCCUGACCUGGUGGGCACCACCGAGAUCCUUAGCGACGAGCAUAGAGAGCAACUGUGCCGACAUCUGCCCGCCAGGGCGGAAGGAUACCUUUGGACCGUUGUCUUCAGCACCAGUCAGCAUGGAUUUAGCUUAAACAGCAUGUACAGGAAGAUGGCCAAGAUAGAGAGUCCUAUCCUGUUGGUGAUCGAAGACACAGAGGGCAAUGUGUUUGGUGCGUUGACCUCGUGCUCUCUGCACGUGAGCGACCACUUCUACGGAACCGGCGAGUCCCUUCUCUUCAAGUUCACACCCAGGUUCCAGGCCUUCCACUGGACCGGUGACAACCUCUACUUCAUCAAGGGCAAUAACGAGAGCCUUGCCAUCGGUGCCGGAGAUGGCAAAUUUGGAUUGUGGUUAGACGGAGACCUGUACCAGGGCAGGACACAGUCCUGCAGCACAUACGGAAACGAGCCGCUGGCCCCACGAGAAGAUUUCGUGGUAAAAACAUUGGAAUGCUGGGCAUUCAUAUAGGACACAGCCUCAUACUCCUUGUCCGUGACUUCGCCCUCGCCGCAGCCUAAUUUGACCUGAAUCCCAAGAGAGUCUUGCGUGGAGGUUGAUCGUCCCCGGAGAAGAAGUAUCAGACUAUAUGGAGGACAAUUACCAAGAUUUCCAAGAGACAUUUUACCAGAGGAGAUUAAAAUCGAUUAACGGGAUUACCGGUUAGCUCGAUUACCGUCGAUAGAUUUUUAAACAGAGAGACCCCAGACGUAUUUUGUUAAAAGUCAAUAGAAGAUUGUCGAGUGAAUGAGAGCGAGAGAGAGAGAAAGGGAGAGAGAGAGAGAGAGAGAGAGAGAAUGAAGGAAUUGUGAUUUUUAUUAGAAGGCAAGUAGAAAUGUUGAGGAAAAAGAAGACGAGAUAGAGAAAAAUGAUGAUGAAAGGAUGCGAAGAAGAAACUGCAAAAAGGCCCUAAAGCACGAGGCCAGAAACGUUGAGUUAGAGGACUACGAAUGAGUAUAACUGAUCGAUUUGUCAUUUAAUCGUCCUACAUUUGUUUUUCUUUUCAUUUUAAGUUGUCGUAUUUAUUUUUAUUCUUUUUUUUUAUAUAUAUAUAUACAUAUAUACAUAUACACGCCUAUACGUGUUUCGUCGAAUAAGUCGUCGUUAUUUUCGUUAAUAAUUCUAAUUUCACGCUAUGGCGUGCCGUUUAAAAAUAGGAUCGGAGGAUCGACCACGAUGACAAAGAAUUUGUUACAUAUGAUGAUAAUGAGAUAAAAAUGAUUAUUAUAUACUAUUUUGCUUAUGCUUAUGAUUGUGAUUAUGAUUAUGAUUAUGAUUAUAAUUAUGAUUAUAAUCGUGGUGUUGCCUUCGAACUAGUCGCGAGUAUAAUAUUAAUAUUAAUUGAUAAUAGUAAUAAUGCGUUUCGAGAGAUUAUGCGAUCAUCAAUGUCACGGUAUUCGAUGAUAACGAAUAAAAGAAGAGAGAAUGAGAUGAAAGUAUGAAUGGUACUCGAGAUUGAGAGAGAAAAUAAAUACGUCUCCACGAUGGAGAGAAUCGAUAAUGUAAAAAAGAAAACCACGAAUCGAAUGAUAAUGAUGACAUGAUGAUCAUGUUAAUGAUGAUAAUACAAUAUCACGAUACAAACACGACACUACGAAAAUGCUAAACUAACCGUAUUUGUUGAUGUGUAGUUAUUGUAGAUAGAUGAAUGUAAAUAUAUAUAUUAUGAAAUUGUUUAAGGUAAAAAAAAUUAAUUUUAAAGAAGGAAAAAAUACAAUAUAUGAUACCACGUUAAAGAAGAGAAACACACACGUUGCAGAAGACACUCUGUGUAGUUUGUCUCACGUAUAUCCUGAAGGACACACACUGAUUAUAUAUAUACAGGAAAAACACACACAAAAUCUGUGUAUACAUAUGAUUCAAAAACAAUCAAGCAACAUACACCGAUCGAAUUGAUACGAUGAUACUCUGGGUGUAAAACGAUCCUAGGAUCUGAGAGUAGCUUUUAGAAGAGAAGAUAAGCAGUUCGUACUGAUCUUACGCUAAUACACACGACGAAUAAAGAUACAGUGAUAACGAUCGUAAAAGAGAUUAAAUGCAUGGUAUUAUUGACACGAAGAAAGGCGAACAGAAAUUGUAGUAACAUGCGAAUAGAAGAUCAGAGCAGCGCGUUCGCUUUUUGUGUCUCAAGUGACCACAACGAACACACACGCCUGUGCCUCGCUUCGCUCUCUUUCUCUCCCUCUGCUAUACUAGCACACACAAUUACAUCAUACACAAUAUUUCAGUUUUACUCUACUAAGUGUGAUCAGAGCCGAUGGAAAGAAAGCGUGUUACGGUGACGCUCUUGUGUUUUUCUUCACGAGAGUUUCACGCAAACUGAGACAAUAAAAAAGAGUUUCGCCCUAGUAUCGUCGAUUUUUUCAUUUUUUCUUUUUGUUACACAUCCUAAUAACACUGUUUAUAACUUCCUUGUUCAAUGAAUAAACCAAAACAUAUCGUUCACAGUAUUUCCAUUAAGGUACACUGUAUUAAAAAAAUGGUAGUUUAUGAUUCAUUCAAGGAACAAGGAGAAUUUUGCGAAAUAUUAUAUUGUAAAGUUUUCUAUACCGCGUUUAGCGUUUCGCUCGGCUCUGAAGAUCAGUGAGUGAAUCGAUGUCAAUCGUGAAACAUACACAGACACAAACAUGACCAGAAAAAACUGUCCGAGCUUAUAGUCUCUUACUGUGUGGAUUAAUUAGGAUCAAUAGACUGUCGCGAGAGAACCCACCGUUUCUACCGCUUUUUCAACAUGAAUUUUUAUUUAUCGUUGAACAAUCGAAAGGAGAGUGGAAAAGAAUAGUAGAUUUAAGCGUUGCUUAGUAGUAAAACGAAAUACGCUGCAUUAAGAUCAAAUAUAGGUUGUGAUAAUCGAAUGUGCAAAAUGAUUUGUUUCCGAAUCAGGCUAAGAAUGUGGGAAAAACGACGACUGAAAGCGGGUUCAGGUUUAUUACUGUACUACACAAAAGAUUUUUUAGCAGUUUCACAACGAGACGUAAUAUUGGCAGAAAAAAAAAAAAAGAACAAAAGAUUAAGAUGCCAUUUUGUACUGUAGUGAGACACUGGUUAUCAUUCCUUCCAUUUUAUUAGGAACAAUUCCCAACUCUUGUGAUGUUCCUACGAUUUUCGAUCUUCCGUGAAGAGCUGCUUUUUUUAAAACUUAUUUAAUGUUAUAAUAAUGAAACAAUUGCAUUAAAAUUGAUUCUGUAAAUUUGUUUUAAGUAAUUUUAUACGAUUUGGGAUAGAAAACUUAAAAAAA